AUGCUGCAGGCCACCGUCAAGCUGUGCUGCGGCAUCGCGCACGACCACCUGCGCAGGCUGCCCGGCCUGAAGCUAGCGGCGGUGGCGGCGAUGCAGAACGACGUGCGAGGGCUGGUGUUAAGAGGCUCCCGGCGGCUGCCCUCCAAACUGCCCCGUUAUAUCCAGCGGCUGAUGGGGAAGGAUGCUGCCGCCUGCCCGGAGCCUGACGGCGACCUGAGCUCCGGCCGCUUUUCCAGCGUGGACCUGUCCUACGUCAGCCAAGGAGAAAGGGCCCUGCAGCGAGCGCUGGGCAUCCUGCAGCAGCACGACGGCUGGCAGGCCGAAACCGUGCCGGACGCGGGCGCCGCGGUGUCGAGCGCGGCCCUGCCGGGGCUGGGCAGGGUGUUUCGGGCCGAGGCGGUCCUGGGCGCGCCGGUGGCUCGGCUGCACCGCGAGCUCUUCGAGGACGUCGAGCGGAUGCCCGAGUGGUACCCGGCGCUCGGCCGGGUCGAGGUGCUGCGCCGCGUCGGGCCCGACACGCUGCUGACGCACGAGGUGACGGCCCGCGGCCCCGGCGACCUGGCGGGGCCCCGCGACUUCGUCAGCGUGCGGCACCGCCGGAGCGCGCCCGCCGCCGUCUACCUCGUGGGCACGGCCGCCGGCGGCCGCCCGCCGCCCCCGCCGCCGGGCUGCGUCAGGGCCGAGUCCCGGCUGAGCUGCGUGGUCCUGCGGCCGCUGCCGGGCGACCCCGGCCGCACCCGCUUCACCUGGCUCCUCUGCAUGGACCUGAAGGGCUGGAUCCCCGCGUCCGUCCUCCACCGCGUCCUGCCGCGCUCCCAAGCGGACUUCAUCGGCCGCCUCCGCCAGCGCCUCGCGCGCCCCUGA